GUUGCUAGAGGGAAAAUGGAUUCCUUAUUUCACGUCCUGGUUUCUACCUGUCUUGCCUUGACAUUCUCAGAAGGGUUUCUGAUCAUCCAUGUCCAGAAACAGCAGUGUCUUUCAGAAAAGAGAGGAGUCAUUAUGGAGAAGUGCAAUAUGACCAACCUCAACCAGCAGUGGCAGUGGACGGCAGAUGACAGGCUCCUCCAUGUGAAAUCUGCCCAGUGCCUGAGCAUCUCUACACGCUCUGCCCUGUCAUCUCGCAGCAUCAUCGCUGAUUGUCCCCAGGCAGUCAGGUGGACUUGCCACGAGGAGGAUGGGCUCCUGAAGGUGGCCAACAGCUCUCUCUUUCUCACAAAGCAAGGUCAGAAGGUAAUGGCCAAGCAGAGUAAGAAAUACCUUCAUACAUGGAUGCAGCUAGAAGCCAGCGAGACAGGAAAACCUGUUUAUGUAAAUCUGUGCUCAAAGCAAGAUCUCCAAGAUGCAAACACUUCUGUAUGGAGUACUAGAACUACAUCCGCCCCUUUAAACACUGUUACCUCUAGGCCUGAAAAUUUGCUCAAGAGUAGCACAGACAUGUUCAUCAGAAAUGUGACUGAACACUUCAGUAAAAAUCUCAUUGAAAACCUCUACUUUGACUUGAAAUCUGCAGUAACAGAGAAAGCCUGGAUUCCAACAACUACUCAAUACUCUAGCACUGCAGUAGAGGCCGCGCCGGGGGAGGCGGCGGGAUGCAGCGCCAACCUGACGGAGCGGCAGGUCGCCGGGCAGAGCGUCCGGCUGCGGUGGGUCGCCGCGGGCCGCGCCUGCAACUUCAGCCUGAGCGGGAGCUCCGAGGACGGGGAGGCGGCCGGCUGCCAGCCCGCCCCCACGGGCAACGGCUCCCACGGCUGCACCCUGCGGGACCUGAGGGCCGGGACCUGGUACCGCCUCCGCAUCCAGCCGCUCGCCGACGGGGAGGCGGUCAACAUCUCCGUGCGGACAGAUCCCUUACCACCACCUCGUUUUGAAAUUAAUGAGGAAAAAACUACACUCACAAGCUUGCAGGUUCAGUGGGAUCCUUCAGAUGGAAAGGUGGACUCCUAUAACCUAGUAUUAUUUGAUCACGAUAAUAAAAAGAUACAAGAAGUCUCCCUACCAGGAAGAAUUUCAAAAACAGAAAAUACGUUUUCCAGUCUCAUCCCUGGGAAUAAAUACACCAUUGUCCUCAGUGCAAUUGCUGGAAAUAAGAGUACCCCAGAACUUCACAUAAGUGGAUUUACUGUGCCAUCCCCUGUGAAAAAUAUUCAGGUCAGUGUCAAGACAGACACUAUCCAUGUUUCAUGGUCUCCUGGCUCUGGACAUGUGGAUUGUUACAGGCUGGUGUUACUGGAUAAUCAUGUCACAGUUCAUGAAAUUCACCAAGAAGAUCCUCUGACCUCCUACACUUUUACAGGACUUACAGCAGGCCACCUAUAUAACCUCACUAUCAUAACCCAGGCUGCAGGACUGGAGAGCAGCAGUUCACAAACAGUCCGGACAGCCCCAGCUGAAGUCCUAGAUUUGACGGUGACUAACGAUGACAGCGUAGAUGCUUUAAAAGUUAAGUGGAGAAGACCUUCAGGAAACCUCAAUUUCUAUAAUAUCACUCUGUCUCAUCUUGGAUCAGUUAAAGAAGUCAAAACUCUACAGCCACCGGUCACAGAGACUCACUUUGACAGGCUGACUCCAGGACGUCUUUAUCAGGUUACUGCCCGCACAAUCAGUGGUGAACUGUUUACUGAUCGGGUGGCAACUGGCAGGACAUUUCCCCAGAAGGUUUCUGAGCUGAGAGCCGGUGGUGGUGGCUGGCUGAGGUCUCUGCGAGUGAACUGGCUGCCCCCUGUGGGAGACUGGGAGAGGUUCCGCCUGCUCCUGUGGAACCGCUCAGCCCUGGUGCUCAACACCACCCUCGAGAAGGACACCACCGAGUACCUCAUCCACGGCGUGGGCCUCAUCCCUGGGAGGCAGUACGACGUGGACGUGGUCGUGGAGAGUGGCGAUUUGCAGAGCAGGACUAGCUGCACAGGGAGAACAGCUCCAGAGCCUGUUCUCCAGCUCCGUGUGAAGCAUGCUAAUGAAUCUUCACUUAGUGUCAUGUGGGUGACUCCUGUUGCGGAAUGGGACAGCUAUGUGGUUUCACUGGGAGACAGGGAUCUUACUGUCAUCAAAAAAGGGCUUGCAAAAGAAGCUAAAGAAUUUACUUUCACUGACUUGGUACCUGGAAGAAAAUAUACAGCUACCAUCACUACCAUUAGUGGGAUUUUAAGCAACUGGACUUCAGUGGAAGGAAGAACAGUGCCAGCCCAAGUGACUGGUCUGACUGUGGAAAGUCAGGGAUCAACCAACAGCUUGUUCACUAACUGGACAAGAGCACUGGGAGAUGUAGACUCAUACCAAGUGCUACUGAUUCACGAGAAUGUUGUCAUUAAAAAUGAGACUGUUCCCAGUGAAACCAACAGAUACCACUUCUACCCCCUGAAACCUGGAGGACUCUAUUCAGUUGUUGUCACCACUGUCAGCGGGGGGAUAUCUUCAAGGCAAACGAUUGCAGAGGGGAGGACAGUUCCUUCCAGCGUGACUGGAGUAACAGUAAAUAACUCAGGUCGCAGUGACUACCUCAGUGUUUCUUGGCUGCCAGCUUCUGGAGAUGUAGACAGUUAUUUGGUAACACUCUCUCACGAUGACCAGAUUGUUCAGACUCUCACCAUUUCCAAAUCCUUCAGUGAAUGCUCCUUCAGCAGCCUUACCCCUGGGACGCUUUACAGUGUGAUGAUAACCACGAAGAGUGGGAAGUAUGAAAAUUAUUCCUUCAGCCAGGAACGAACAGUCCCCUCAAGUGUUCAGGGACUUACUGUCAGCAAUUCAGCCAGAAGUGACUACUUGAAGGUGUCCUGGUUACAUGCCUCUGGAUAUUUUGAUAAUUAUGAAGUAAUCAUCAAGAACAACAAUGAUUUCAUCCAAACAAAGAGUGUCCCAAAGGAUGAAAAUGAAUGUGUGUUCACCAAUCUGGUCCCAGGGAGGCAGUACAGUGUCACAGUCAGCACAAAGAGUGGGAAAUACGAAACUAGUGAAAGGAUCUAUGGCAGAACAAUGCCAGAGUCAGUGAAGGAACUGACUCUUAGUAACAGGAGCACAGAAGAUCUGCAGGUAACUUGGUCAAAGGCUGAGGGGGAUGUUGAUAAAUAUGAGAUUCAGCUCCUCUUCAAUGAUAUGAAGAUCUUCCCACCCAUUUUCCUUGGGAGCACCAUUGAGGAGUAUUGGUUCACAGCUCUGACACCAGGACGUCUAUACAAAAUUCUUGUCUUGACCAUCAGUGGAGAUGCACAACGUGCUACUUUCAUAGAAGGCCUGACAAUUCCAAGUGUGGUCAGAAACAUUCACGUGUCACCCAAUGGCAUGACAAACAGCCUGAAAGUGAGCUGGACUCCUGGAGGUGGAGAUGUUGAUUCGUACACCGUGACUAUAUUUCAGCAAAACCAUCAGCUUGAUUCCCAGAGUGUCUCCAAACACGUCUCUGAGCACAUGUUUCACAAGUUGGAAGCUGGGGAGCAGUACCGGGUGGUGGUGCAAUCUAACAGUGGCACCUUGCACAACAGCUUAGCAGCUUUUGGGAGAACAAUUCCAGCCUCUGUCCAGGAAUUAUUAGCCCAUCAUGCAUACAGCAGUCAUUCCUUGUUAGUAACCUGGCAGAAAGCUCCUGGUGUAGCUGAAAGGUAUGACAUUCUGCUCUUGAACGAGCAAGGAAUCCUCCUGAGCAACAAAUCAGAGCCAGCUACUGCCAAACAGCACAAAUUUGAAGAUUUAUUAGCCGGCAAGAAGUAUAAAAUACAAGUUUUGACAGUCAGUGGCGGGCUCUUCAGUAAACGAGCAGAAACUGUUGGCCGAACAGUUCCAGCAGCUGUCACAAAUCUGAAGGUCACAGAGAACACCACUGACCGGCUGUCCUUCAGCUGGACCACUUCACAAGGGGAGCUUGAUUCAUAUGACAUCUUCCUGUACAACCCAGACAAGUCCCUUCAUGACAGGAUUUCAGGAGAGCAGCACCUCCAGCAGUGUUCAUUUCAGAACCUGUGGCAAGGCAGGAUGUAUCGAAUGGUGAUUGUUACCCACAGCGGAGACCUCACUAACGAGUCGUCUGUCUUUGGAAGAACAGUACCAGCCCCAGUUGUUGGUCUCAAGGCAUCCAACCGAAACAUGACAGACAGUCUGUGGUUUACCUGGGGUCCAGCAGCAGGAGAUGUUGACUUCUAUGAGCUAAAUCUUUACAACCCAAAUGGGACACAGAAAGAAACCUGGCACAGGAAAGACCUGAAAGAGUGGCAUUUCCAGGGGCUUGUUCCUGGCAGAAAGUACACUCUGGUCGUGGUGACUCACAGUGGUGACCUGACCAACACAGCAAAUGCUGAAGGAAGAACAGCACCCAGCCCUCCUAACACUGUAUCAUUUACUGAUGUUGCAAACACUUCUUUAUCAAUCACUUGGCUGGGUCCUCCAGACUGGACAGACUACGAUGAUUUUGAGUUGCAGUGGCUUCCAAAGGAUCCCCUCACAGUAUUCAAUCCCUACAGCAGCAGCAAAUCUAAAGUACGCAUCAUCUAUGGCCUGCGACCAGGAAGACUCUAUGAGUUCAGUGUCAGAACUGUCAGUGGCGACAGCUGGAAGACAUACAGUCAGUCACAAUCUGCAAGUGUGAGAACGAAGCCAGACAAGAUACAAAGUCUUCAUUGUCGGCCCCAGACCUCUACCGCCAUUGCGUGUUCCUGGACUCCUCCCGAUUCUGACUUCGAUGGGUAUAGCGUUGAAUGCAAAAAAAUGGACACUCGUGAAGUGGAAUUUUCUAAAAGGAUAGAAAAAGACAAAUCUCUGCUUAAUAUCAUGACCCUCGUUCCCCACAAGAGGUAUCUGGUGUCCAUCAAGGUACAUUCUGCAGACAUGACGAGCGAAGUGGUUGAAGACAGCACCAUCACAAUGAUCGACCGUCCCCCUCAGCCACCUCCAGACAUACGAGUGAACAAAAAAGAAGUGCUGAUUACCAAAUCCUCCAUCAACUUUACUUUUAACUGCAGCUGGUUUAGUGAUACUAAUGGAGCUGUGAAGUACUUUACUGUGGUUGUGAGAGAGGCUGAUGGUAGUGAAGGACCGAAGCCUGAUGAGCAGCACCCAUUACCUUCCUACCUGGAGUACAAACACAACAACUCUAUACGCAUCUACCAGACAAAUUAUUUUGCCAGUAGAUGUGCUGAAAACCCUGACAGUGACUAUAAAAGCUUUGACAUUAAGCUUGGAGGAGAAAUGGAAAAUCUGGGAGGAAGGUGUGAUCCAGAUCAGCAAAAAUUCUGCGAUGGACCUCUGAAGCCUCGGACUGCUUAUAGGAUCAGCAUACGGGCUUUUACCCAGCUCUUCAGUGAAGACCCAAAGGAACUCCCUACACCGCUCUUUGCAGACACCUUCUUCUCUUUACCGAUCACUACAGAGGCAGAGCCUCUAUUUGGAGUUAUUGAAGGUGUGAGUGCUGGCUUGUUUCUGAUUGUGAUGUUAGUGGCUGUUACUGCUUUAUUUGUCUGCAGACAAAAAGUUAGCAAUGGCCAUGAGAGACCUACAGCAAGGCUGAGCAUUCGCAGGGACAGGCCACUGUCAGUCCAUCUGAACUUGGGGCAAAAAGGGAACCGGAAAACUUCCAGUCCGAUCAAAGUCAGUCAUUUUGAAGCACACUUCACCAAACUUCAAGCAGACUCCAACUACCUCCUGUCCAAGGAGUAUGAGGACUUGAAAGAUGUGGGUCGAAACCAGACAUGUGACAUAGCACUUCUGCCAGAGAACAGAGGGAAAAAUCGAUACAAUAAUAUAUUGCCCUAUGAUACAUCAAGAGUGAAGCUUUCCAAUGUGGAUGAUGACCCUUGCUCAGACUACAUUAAUGCAAGCUACAUACCAGGCAAUAAUUUCCGCAGGGAAUACAUAGCAACUCAGGGCCCUUUGCCUGGCACCAAAGAUGAGUUCUGGAAGAUGGCAUGGGAGCAAAAUGUUCACAAUAUUGUCAUGGUAACCCAGUGUGUUGAGAAGGGCCGGGUGAAGUGUGAUCACUACUGGCCCCUUGACCAGGAUUCCUUGUACUAUGGAGACCUGAUUGUUGAGAUGCUCUCUGAAUCAGUGCUCCCAGAAUGGACAAUACGAGAGUUUAAAAUCUGCAGUGAAGAGCAGCUUGAUUCAACGAGGCUCAUUCGUCACUUCCAUUACACUGUCUGGCCAGAUCACGGUGUGCCGGAGACCACCCAGUCCCUGAUCCAGUUUGUCAGAACUGUAAGGGAUUAUAUCAACAGGACCCCAGACACAGGACCAGCUAUUGUGCACUGCAGUGCUGGUGUUGGCCGGACUGGCACAUUCAUUGCACUGGACCGAAUUCUGCAGCAACUGGAUUCAAAGGACACCGUGGACAUUUACGCAGCAGUACAUGAUCUCAGGCUUCACCGGGUUCACAUGGUUCAGACAGAGUGUCAAUAUGUGUAUCUACAUCAAUGUGUGAGAGAUGUGUUAAGAGCCAGAAAACUUCGCAGUGAACAAGAAAAUCCCUUGUUUCCAAUAUAUGAAAAUGUGAAUCCAGAGUAUCACAGAGAUGCUGUUUAUUCAAGGCACUAAGAAUGUUACAGACAUCUGCUUUUGUGACUACAUUUGUUAACUAAGGGUUUUGUUUGUUUGUUUUUUUUAUGUAUCUAUUUCAUGCACUAGAAAGGUGCCAGACCUUUCUGUUGAGACUGUGUAUAAUUUAUUGGUCUGGUGAUUUUUUUUAAAGAUAUAUAAUUUAAGUGUAAUAGAUGUUAAUGUAUAUAAUUGUAUUUUGGCAUUAUGUAAAUAUGAAUUUUUUUCUAUAUUGUUUAUAUUAAUAUUAGGCUUCAGAUAAUAUUUUUUUCUUAUCACAGUUUUUGUGAACUGUUCUACAUAAACUAUUUUAAAUUGUAUGGCUAACAGGACUGCUGUGUUUAGGGCAGUAUUGGCAUGUAACACACGGGAAAAAUCCUAUAAGGAGAACCUAAUUUUAUUUUUUAACUAGUUCAGUGUUUGCGAGAUGAAAUAAGCUACUAUUAAGCAAGGGAACAGUAGUCCUGUAUAGGAAUUACAAUGCUACUCUACACUUUAAACUUACUGCUUUUCAUCUGAUGAAAAUGGGUAUAACCCAUAACACAAUGGCAGACCUUUUACAGAAUCCAUUAACAGCCAAGCAAAACAGGGUCCACCUCACUAGAAGCAACUGUUUCAGUCUAAUGUGACAUAGUAGAAAAAUAUCAAACACCACACACUGCCGUGAAGUCUAGCAGACCUUUUCCCUCCCCACAUGCUUUGAGGGGAGACAGGUCACAUUCUGAUUUUUUUACACUGGUUUAAGAGAGCAGAAUCAGAUCACAGCCCGUGUCUGUGCAUUUUCACGCACGGAUAAUUAUAAGAAGAGUGUUCAGAUAAAUGCCUCAGACAUUCUUGUUAACAGCCCUGUAAGAAUGUGAAGUCUGGCAACAUCCAUAGCUCAAUAAAAACAAUGCUGUACCAUAACUGCUAAAAAAGUAGAGAGAUUAUAAACAUAUUGAAAAAAAGACACGUCAAGGUAUACAGCCUACAGUUUGCACAACUGGCUUUGUCCUUAAACUGCUUGCAGCAUAGCUGUGCUGGCCCAAGGGUUGGUCUCCUUCGAAUGCCACUUGAUUUCACAAAGGGAAAGCAUGGCCCCAGCAUGUCCUCACAGAAAGACUCCUCCACUUACGUGUUGCCUGAUGUCAGUGCCACAAGGGCAGCUGGAAUAGAAAAAGGCUCAUCAGUAAACCAGGGGAUGUAGGCUGGCUGGGCUGUGCUGUGCUGACCAUCAGGUGACUCAAAGCAUUUAGUGAUUGUCAAGAAGGACAAUCAAAUAGCACUCACCAGGUAUCCUGCCCAGCCAAGCAGAUUAGGCACAUCCUCUCUCCUCUGCAAAGAGGCUUCUCAUUCAAGGGACUGAACGCUCUGUUCAGCUAUUCUUUGUCUUCAUAAAACGCUCUUCAAACAGCGAAGAGGUGGCACACAGUUCUCCAUCGCAAAAAGAAGGAAGGGCUUAAUAGUUCUCCUUUCAUAUAUCUACCCAUACUUUACCUAGAGAAAACAGCCUGCAGCUGAAGACAAGUGCCUAAAUUUCACUUUUAUUUUGGAGAGAAGUAAGUAUUUCUGAAGGCCUCCUGAGAACCAGCCAAUACACCCAAGUACCUGACUGAGGAUUCACCACCCUUAGUGGAAUCUGAAGAAGGGAACUAGUAUUAUAGUGGAAGCCGUUUUCACAGAGGGAAAUCUAAGCAAAACCACAAAGAAAUGUGCACAUUUUCUGCAGGGCCCUUUUUUCUCUGUUUCCUUUGCUAGGUAGACUCUAGGUUAGCAAGCAAAGACAAACAAGCAUGGCAGCUUUAAAUUGAUCAUUGACCCUGCUAAUAACAGCUGAACUUAGGGCAUCAUGAAAAUUGCCAUUGUGUUACGUGUGCUGCAUUUAGUCCUCUUUUUUCUCAGCAGUAGCUGCGGAACAAAGAUCACCAUGUUAGUUACCAGCAGUCCAAUUACACUGUGAAGACAUACCAAAUGUACCCUGUAAAUUAUCUCACACUAUGUAUCACUGUGUCAUUUUUUAUGCUGAGGGAAAUGGAACUCGCUCAAUAAUAUAUGAUCUGAAGGCGAAAGUCUGAUUGUAUACUAUGUAUGCGUGUUGUUCAUCAUUUUCAGAAAGACACACAUUGUUCUGCUCUUUUUUUUUUUAACAUUGUUUCUCAGCUCCCUCCUCCACAUCUACAGAGUUCACAAAUGUGCACCCAAAAUGAUGAUGUUGUAGCAGACAGCUAUUUUCAUCUUUUCUCUUAGCUAAUAAUGGACACAGUUCAUAAGCCUCUUCCUCCUCAUCGCAUAAUAACAUGACAGAUGACCUUAAACACUCUGGCACAAUGCUCUUGAGCAGCUUUACAUCUCUGCCUAGCUAGGUCACGUGUGAGACUGUACACACACAUUAUUGCUCUGGUUCUGCUUUCUAGCCAAUUCUGCUCACAUGAAACCAGUGUAAAUCCACUGAGAAUAAGUAAAAAGUAUCUAUGUAGCAUUUUGUUUUUAUAUAAGACACCUACUUAUCAGUGUAAUUAAUUAUAUUUACUGUGCCUCUAAGCUGAAUAACAGGACUAACGGGAAAUUGUUAAUGUAACAAGAAUGGACUUGAAGGAGCUUAUGUACUGAAUAAAGAGAGCUCUUAAGGAAAAAGACAUCCUCUGCUGAAGAGGAUGUUUCUCUUUUGAAUGUCCACGAAUGAUGUUCAGAAUUCCCUUCUUGAUGUUUCCCAAUAAUAAUGUUAUAAAGCAAGGCUAGUCUUGUCGCUGAUCUGUAAGCUAAGAUUUGCACACUUGGAGCCCAGUCCUGUGAAUCUGCAUUGUCUACAAAGCUACCUGAGUACUUCCAUGAAAGUCAACUGGAAUGCUUGCCUGAAGAAUAUCAUUCCACUUCUGAAGCACUUGCAGGGUUGGGCUUUUAGGUUAAUUCAAAUUUUUUGUAUGGAAAGUUAUUUAAUAAUGAAAAAAUUGUAAUAAAUGUUUUUUUAAUCUGUGCAAUACAAUUACAAGAUCCACUACCGAUUGUAGGAAAAAAAAAAAAAAAAAAGAUUUUGCAUAGCUGAAGUUGAUAGAUGAUAUUUUUUGUUACUAAUGGAACACAAAAGUGGGUGAGAGAAAUAGGCAUACUGUGAAGAUGUCAUAAAAGUGCAACUUUAUACAUUUUUCUCUGCUGCUAUAGUUAUUUAUACAGCUUAUAUACGUGCCUCAAAUUACCAGAAAUAUUAUUUUAUGCCAUGAUAAACUAUGAAUUUCCUUUCAGUUGUAGAACAGAGAAAAGAAAAUGUGUGAGCUUUAAGUUUAUGUAUUGUAUAUGGUUAUUUACGCUUUGACUUUGAAAGCAAAAAGUUAAAUACUGGACAGAUAGGAGUACAUGAGCACUUGGCCAUGCUCCUCAGCCUAGCAGCUAAUAUAUGGGCUAGAGGGAUGAGAACAAUAACCAUCUAAUUACUCUAUCUAUAAUCACAAGCAUCUCCUCCCAGAGCCACAGAUCAGACAGCCUACUGCAGCCACAGCUUCACUACCAAGGAGUGGGGUGGCAGGUGCUCACAUUUAUCCAGAUUUCACUCAGUACUUCAGACGUGUCGUUUGCGUGAAUAAAAUGCAAUACUGAGUGACCACCACUCCCCCGACAGCCCUGUCACAGACAUUCGGGCUCUGGAGCUGUGAGCCCUGGGACCUGUAGUCCCAGGAGGCUGCAGCUCUGAAGAGAAGAUGAGUGUGCUCUCCAGUACUUAGGCAGCUCGCUGUGGACCUCGUGCCCUCGACUGUCCCUCUUAGGCUGACAAAAUCAAACUCCUGAUCUGUUGGUAGCACCACUAUGGCCAAAGCAAACUGGUCUGUUACCAGCGACCUCACAGAUCAAUAGUUAGUUCAGGCUGGGAUUCGGUUUUUAAGACUGGCAGGAAAUACUGGAGACCAGGGACUAGCUAAAUUUAGCAAAUGCUGUGGAAUUUGGGCACAUACAGUGUCAGUGAUGCUGGUAGAUACUGAUUUGCGUGAUGAUUUGGUUGGUUCUUGGUUUAUUUGAAAGCUAAAGAAAUACUGUAACAUCCAAGUAGCUAAAUAUAUAUGUUGCUCUACAGCAGGGCAGUAUGUUAUAGUGAAAAAACCCACAAUUCUGAAAUGUGGCUAGUCAUAAAUUCUUUGCCAGUGCCUGGAGUAAAGUGUCUGAAAAACAUCUUCAGCACAUACUCCAUUCUCACAUGCUAUAUAAUUGCUUCUGUUUGUGUUCGUAACAAACACUGGGUGAACACAGAAUUGUGCUACUAUUGUCAAUUUAAUUUAUGUAUUUGUUAAGUAUAUUUUUAUAUUUUUAGCUACAGUCAACAAAUCAAAUAUA